GACUGACCCUCUGAGCCUUCAAGUCAAUGUCCAUCGAUGGAUAUUCGGACACGUGCAAUGACUACGUUAACAAGAGACCAGGUGUCUGCCAGUGGUCCGCUAUCGUAUCGUACAGUUAUCGAUAAAACCACCCCAAGCCAGUCAGUCGUCCCACACAGAUCGGAGCUUGUUCCUCUUCGCCGGUGGGGGAUCAUCGAGAGCCCUAGACUCCCCACGCAGAUCGACAGACGGCGGGCUCUCUCCCUUCCCCGCCCCACCCCCACGCCCCUUUGCAGCACGCAUUGGCUCGGCCCUCCCCUGUCUGUUAUCAUCAUCUUGCGGGUCGUCAUCCACCACUUGCACGCCCUGCUCUCGUAUGUAUUUGAUGAUCUCUGCCUUCAUCUUGGCCGGGAUGCGCGGCAGAGGCCGGUCGGGGUCAUCUGCAUCGGCUGUGGCCGACUGAGCCGGCCUGGACAGCUGCUGCUGGUCAUAGAUCUCCUUCGGUGUGGAGCCGUAGCAGUCCUCAAUACGCCCACUCAGCACACCUGCAGUGCAGACACAGGCAGACACACCAUGGUCGCUCCGCCAUAAAAGGAUGCUGGUAUGUUUCCGCCUUCAUGCUUACCGUCGUUCCACACGGCCAGGACGUAUUGUGAGGAGGGGUCAUAGGACAGCAUCAUGUCCUCGACGCGAUUGAGGUGACCCGGCAGUAUCUUGUCCUUGGCGUCGAACCCAAAGACCGAGGCGAGUGUGGCGUGCCACAGCCUGUCGGUUCUCAGCCCUUCUAGCGAUAGAUAGCAAUAGUCCAUCUCUUCCCAGUCGCCUGCCAAGCCGCGGGGCGACUCACUGCACACACACAGGGAGGCACACACGGAAGGAACACAAAAUUCAGUUGGCGGCCUCCAUCCCUCCCUCCCUGCCUGUGGAUGCUUUGGGGUGUGUGUGCAUGGUUGGACGCUUACUGGCUCUCUCUGGUCAGCCCGGCUGUGAAGAAAGCGCCCCUGCCAUCGUUGACGAACGAGUAGUAGGCAUUGCCGAGACCAUCGUUCCGCUCAAACACCUGGCGGAAGCGCCGCCUCACUGCACAACGGCACACAGCCACGCAGACCAGCAGGCAGAGCCAAACACAUCCAUUGUAUCCCCUUUUUCUGCAAUGUUUGUCUGUAUCAGCGGUGAAUGCAUUCACCUGUAGAUCCCUCGAGGCUCUCCUGCACCCCGGCUGGCUCCCAAUCAUUCUCAAACGCAUCAUUGACAGCUUGCUGCAGAUCCGCCUCGAUGCUCAACUCACGCGCAGAUUUCCGCCUGCAUGGGCAGCGCACCACACAUCAUGACGGUGCGCGCAUCCACAUCGGCACCUAACCUUUCGAGUUUCGCGGCGUUCGCCACCAGAUCUUCAUCGUCCAUCGGAAUGGCCACCUUCUCGGCACGUCGGGCAUCUUGAUAAGGCACCUUGUCCCACUCCACAUCUGCAUCGCCACCAUUGGCGGCCAUCGAUGCACGGGUCAAGAAGGU